AUGGCAGCUGUUCUAAUGUCUGUCGGUGCCACGUCAGGAAGCGCGGAGAAAGGAUAUUCGAUUAGGGUUUAUGGUGAUUUUAGGGAAGAAGGCAGAGGAGAGGAAGGAAUCGCUUUGGCGCGUGGCGAGGCAACGUGUGAAGCCCAGCAGCAGACAAUCCAAAACCAGUCGGCUGUCGUCUCCAAGACGGCUCCAAUGCAAUGUAAGCGUUUGUUCUUUGUGUUCUUCGUGUCGAAUGGUAGAGAAGGGCUUCUUAUCGAUGGUUUUGUGUCUCGAUCGCCAGCGAAGGAAGCUUUCGUCCCCAAGCUUGACGAUGGCGGUGGCGGUGGCCCCGGCGGCGGGGACGACGGUGGCGGCGAUGGUGGCGGCGGUGGCGGAGGAUGGGGAGCUGGGGGAUGGUGCUUCUGGGGCGUGCUACUUCUGCUUGGAUUUCUAAAGAGCAACGAGGAGAACAGCAAGAAGAGGAGAAGGCGAAGACAAUUGUAA